UCGCUGCUGGAUCUAGUUUCCCGUCUCUCCGUUCAGCGUGUGACUCAACGUGUCAGUGUGCUUAGGGACUAAUUCCUGCGAUUUCUCUCCGAUUCAACUGUGAAUUUGUUGUGUUUUUUUUUUUCUGACCACAAGUAGGCCAGCGGGUUAUGUAGAUCCUUUUAAGACAUAAACUGCCUUUCCAUCCAUCCCUUCGGCUUGCCUGUAGAAUGGUGCUGUAGCGCCUCUGAUACAUGUCUGUUUCCCGAGCCCGGCGGUGAUGAGGAGCUGUUUUGAUCCACACUUCCAACCGAAGAAAUAACAACUCUACUAGAACGGGAUCAUUUUCUAGUCUUGGGCGAUUCAUUCCAGAUAUCGACGUGUAUACGUUGGAUGUGUCUUCAGAAUGAGUUGCUGUGACUGACUUGGCCGCGUAACCUACUGUUGAUGUGUAAGAGAGCGAAGCAGCAUCCACCAUGGAAGUGAAGGAACGCAGACCGUACCGCUCGCUGACGGCUCGGCGGGACACAGAGCGGCGCUACACCAGCUCCUCGGCGGACAGCGAAGACGGAGGGAAGGUCAACCCUAAAGGUUACAGCUCCAGUGAGACUCUGAAGGCUUUUGACCAGGAAUCCAGGAUGGCCGCCUAUGGCAGCCGGGUCAAAGAUAUGGUCCACCACGAGGCAGACGAGUUCUGUAGGCAAGGAGCAGAUUUCUCUCUCAGAGACCUAGGUUUCGGGGAUCCCAUCCCUCCCCACGUGGCGUCCUACCGUGGCGACCUGGGUCUUGGCUCGGGUGUGGGUAUGGGCAUGGGCCUGCCUCACCGUGACUACUCUGUGAGCAUGGGCUCGGACGCCGACACGGAGACGGACGGGAUCAUGUCCCCGGAGCACGCUGUUAGACUGUGGGGUCGCAACAUCAGGUCGGGACGUAGCUCCUGUCUGUCCAGCAGGGCCAACUCUAAUCUCACCCUCACAGACACAGAGCACGAGAACACUGAGAACGACGGUGUGUUUCAGAACCACUCCUCUCGCCUGCGGACUCCUCCCCUGUCCAUGUCCCAUUCCCCUAACCACCAGCACCAUGCUGCCUCCAUCAACUCUCUGAACAGGGGACAGCCCCGCUCCAACCCCAGCCCUGCCCCCACAGACAGCUCCGCCCCUCCUGAGGGCCAGGGGAGUGUCCAGGACUCAGGCUCCGCCCAUGACAACUGGCUGCUAAACAGCAACAUCCCCCUGGAGACCAGGCACUUCCUGUUUAAGCCAGGGGGGACGUCUCCAAUGUACUGUACGACAUCACCGGGUUACCCUUUGACCUCCAGCACGGUCUACUCCCCGCCACCACGCCCGUUACCCAGAAACACCUUCUCCAGACCGGCGUUCAGCCUGAAGAAGCCCUACAAGCACUGCAACUGGAAAUGUGCGGCUCUCAGCGCCAUCCUCACCUCCGUCACACUGGUCUUACUGCUUGCCUACUUCAUCGCCAUGCAGCUGUUGGGUCUGAACUGGCACCUGCAGCCCAUGCGGGGACAGAUGUACCAGCUGUCGGAGGACAACACCAGCGGUCUGCCCCUACCCACUGACCUCAGCCUGCCACCCCUGGGCAACACUGGCCUGGAACUUCCCGACCGCAGGGGCAAGGACGACGGUAAAAUGGACAGCAUGUUCCCAGAUGACAGCUUCAUAGACAUGGGGGAGAUUGACGUGGGUCGCAAGGUUGCCCAGCAGAUACCUCCGGGAGUCUUCUGGAGGUCCCAGGUCUUCAUAGACCACUCCAUGUACCUCAAGUUCAAUGUGUCACUAGGCAAAGAUGCCCUGGUGGGGAUCUACGGCAGGAGAGGCCUGCCACCCUCUCAUACACAGUUUGACUUUGUGGAGCUGCUGGACGGUCGGAGGCUGCUGUCUGGUGAGGUAGUGGGGGGAGGUGUUGAGGGGCCUGUGGCUCUGCAGCGCUCUCUGGUCCCUGUCACCACACACAACACCGGCUUCAUCCAGUACAUGGACUCUGGCAUCUGGCACCUGGCCUUCUACAACGAUGGGAAAGAGACAGAGACGGUCUCCUUCAUCACCACAGCUAUAGACUCCAUUGACGACUGUCCCAGUGAUUGCCAUGGCAACGGUGACUGUGUGGUGGGAACGUGUCACUGCUUCUUAGGAUUCAGAGGCCCUGACUGUGGACGAGCGUCCUGUCCGGUGCUGUGCAGCGGGAACGGUCAAUACCUCAAAGGGCGCUGCGUGUGUCACAGCGGCUGGAAGGGCGGGGAGUGUGAUGUACCGACCAACCAGUGCAUUGACGUCACCUGCUCUGGCCACGGGACCUGCAUCGUGGGGACAUGCAUCUGUAACCCUGGAUACAAGGGAGACAACUGUGAAGAAGUGGACUGCCUGGACCCUACCUGCUCUGGGCGUGGUGUGUGUGUGCGUGGGGAGUGCCACUGUUUCGUGGGCUGGGGCGGGUCAGGGUGUGAGAGCACCAGGGCGUCCUGCAUGGACCAGUGUUCUGGACAUGGAGCCUUCCUGACAGACACCGGAACCUGCAGCUGUGACCCCAAUUGGACCGGACACGACUGCUCCACAGAGAUUUGUGCAGCGGACUGUGGUGGCCAUGGCAUCUGCGUGUCGGGCACCUGUCGCUGUGAUGACGGCUGGAUGGGCGCCGGGUGUGAGCAGCGGGCGUGUCACCCGCGCUGCAGCGAGCACGGCACCUGCAAGGACGGGAAGUGUGAAUGCAGCCCGGGGUGGAAUGGAGAGCACUGCACUAUCGAGGGCUGCCCUGGUCUGUGUAACGGGAACGGCAGGUGUACCCUGGGUAAUAACGGCUGGUACUGUGUGUGUCAGCUUGGCUGGAGAGGAACAGGAUGUGACACGUCCAUGGAGACGGUCUGCAGCGACGGAAAGGACAACGAUGGAGAUGGUUUGGUAGACUGUAUGGACCCUGACUGCUGUGUGCAGGCGUCGUGCCACACCACAGGUCUAUGUGUAGGUUCACCAGACCCCCUGGACAUCAUCCAGGAGACACAGCUCUCCUCCACGCAGAGCAAUCUGCAGUCCUUCUACGACCGUGUCCGCUUCCUAGUGGGACGAGACAGCACACACGCCAUCCCCGGGGCUAACCUCUUCGACGGCAGCCAUGCUUGUGUGAUUCGUGGACAGGUGGUAACGUCGGACGGGACACCGCUGGUUGGCGUCAACAUCAGCUUCAUCAACAACCCUGCGUACGGCUACACCAUCACCAGGCAGGACGGCAGUUUUGACCUGGUGACCAACGGUGGCGUGGCCAUCGCCCUGCGUUUCGAGCGCGCUCCGUUCAUCACCCAGGAGCACACGCUGUGGUUGCCAUGGGGACGCUUCUUCGUCAUGGAUACCGUUGUGAUGCGUCACGAGGAGAAUGAGAUCCCCAGCUGUGAUGUCAGCGGUUUCACGCGUCCGUCCCCCAUCGUGUCGCCCGCACCCCUCACCGCUUUCGCUGGGGCCUGCUCCGAGAGGGGGACCAUCGUACCCGAAAUACAGGCUCUCCAGGAGGAGGUUCCUAUCCCCGGGACAGACAUGGCGUUGAGCUACCUGAGCAGCAGGACACCUGGGUAUAAGUCCAUCCUGCGGGUGACCCUGACCCACCCCACCGUGCCGUUUAACCUGAUGAAGGUACACCUUAUGGUGGCGGUGGAGGGUAGGCUGUUCAGGAAGUGGUUCCCUGCUGCUCCUAAUCUCAACUAUGACUUCAUCUGGGACAAGGCUGAUGUCUACAGCCAGAAGGUCUACGGGCUGUCUGAGGCCUUCGUGUCAGUGGGUUAUGAGUAUGAGUCAUGUCCGGACCUGAUCCUAUGGGAGAAGAGAACAGCUGUUCUACAGGGAUAUGAGAUCACAGCUUCUAACCUAGGAGGCUGGGCCCUGGACAAACACCACGCUCUCAACAUUCAGAGUGGUAUCCUCCACAUGGGGAACGGUGAGAACGUUUUUGUCUCCCAGCAGCCACCUGUGAUCGGCAGUGUGAUGGGUAACGGUCGGCGCCGUAGCAUCUCCUGCCCCAGCUGCAACGGCCUGGCCGACGGCAACAAGCUCCUGGCCCCUGUAGCGCUGGCGUGCGGCUCAGACGGCAGCCUGUACGUGGGAGACUUCAACUACGUACGACGGAUCUUCACCACCGGGAAUGUAACCAGCGUGCUGGAACUCAGAAAUAAAGAUUUCAGGCAUAGCAACAGCCCGGCCCAUAAGUACUACCUGGCCAGUAGUCCUGUGUCCGGGGCCGUCUACCUGUCAGACACCAGCAGUAGGAAGGUGUUCAAGGUGAAGUCUCUGAGCGCCGUGAAAGACGUGGCCAAGAACCUGGAGCUGGUGGCGGGGACUGGAGACCAGUGUCUGCCCUACGACGAGACACGGUGUGGAGAUGGGGGCAAGGCUGUGGAGGCAACGCUCACCAACCCACGAGGUAUCACAGUGGAUAAGUAUGGAGUGAUCUUCUUUGUGGACGGGACCAUGAUUAGACGAAUUGACCAGAACGGGAUCAUCUCUACCCUGCUGGGGUUCAACGACCUGACCUCCGCACGACCUCUCAGCUGUGAUGCUGUCAUGGACAUCUCUCAGGUGCGUCUGGAGUGGCCCACAGACCUGGCCGUCAGUCCCAUGGAUAACUCUCUGUACGUCCUGGAUAACAAUGUGGUGCUGCAGAUCUCUGAGAACCAUCAGGUGCGUAUUGUGGCGGGGAGGCCCAUGCACUGCCAGGUGCCCGGCCUGGAUCACUUCCUGGUCAGCAAGGUGGCAGUCCACGCCACCCUGGAGUCGGCCAACGCCCUCGCCGUCUCUCACAAUGGCAUCCUGUACAUCUCUGAGUCAGACGAGAAGAAGAUCAACCGUGUGAGACAGGUGUCCACCAAUGGAGAGAUCUCAUUGGUGGCUGGGGCGCCCAGCGGCUGCGACUGUAAGAACGACGCUAACUGUGACUGUUACUCCGGCGACGAUGGCUAUGCAAAAGAUGCCAAAGUCAACGCCCCGUCCUCAUUGGCUGUCUCCCCCGAUGGUGAACUCUUCAUCGCCGACCUUGGCAACAUCCGUAUUCGUUACGUCCGACGGAACAAGCCUUACCUGAACCCACUCAGCAUGUACGAAGUCUCCUCCCCCAUCAGUGAUGAACUCUAUCUCUUCGACUCCAACGGUAGUCACAUCUACACCCUGAGUCUGACCACAGGGGAUCAUCUCUAUAACCUGACGUACUCCGGAGAGGGAGACCUGGCCAGCAUCACGGAUCAGAACAACAACAUAGUGACCAUCAGGAGGGAUACAACAGGGAUGCCUCUGUGGUUGAUGGCGCCUGAUGGACGGACGUUCUGGUUCACCAUUGGGACCAACAACGCCCUGAAGGCCAUCGCUGCUCAGGGGCAGGAGCUGGCCAUGAUGACCUACCACGGGAGCUCCGCAUUACUGGCCUCCAAGAGCAACAGCAACGGAUGGACCACCUUCUAUGAGUAUGACAGCUAUGGCCGUCUGACCAAUGUGACCUACCCUACUGGCCGGGUUAGCAGCUACCGUACAGACACAGACAACUCUGUGAGGGUGCAGGCAGAGGGCUCUAGCAAGGAGGACAUCACUAUCACCACCAACCUGUCUGCCUCAGGAACCUUCUACAUGCUCAUGCAGGACCAAGUGAGGAACAGUUACUACAUAGGUCUGGAUGGAUCUCUGCGUCUGGUGCUGGCCAACGGUAUGGAGGUGUCCCUGCACACGGAGCCCCACCUGCUGGCCGGGACGGUCAACCCCACGGUCAGCAAGAGGAAUGUUACCCUGGCCAUCGACAACGGGCUCAACCUGGUAGAGUGGAGGCAGCGUAAGGAGCAGGCCAGAGGACAGGUCACCGUGUACGGACGACGACUCAGGGUCCAUAACAGGAACCUCCUCUCCCUGGACUUUGACCGUAUCACACGGACAGAGAAGGUUUAUGACGACCACAGGAAGUUCACGUUAAGGAUCCACUACGACCACGCCGGACGCCCAACGCUCUGGGCCCCCAGCAGCCGCCUCAACGGGGUCAACGUCACAUACUCCCCGGGCGGACACGUGGCCGGCAUCCAGCGGGGCACCAUGUCCAUACGCAUGGAGUACGACCAGAAUGGACGAAUCACGUCGCAGAUCUUUGCCGAUGGGAAGUCAUGGACCUACACUUACCUGGAGAAGUCCAUGGUGCUUCUCCUGUACAGUCAGCGUCAGUACAUCUUCGAGUUCGACAAGAACGACUGCCUCUCCUCCGUGACCAUGCCCAACGUGGCCCGCACCACCCUGGAGACCACCCGCUCCAUCGGUUACUAUAGGAACACGUACCGCCCCUCCGAGGGGAACGCGUCGGUGCUGCAGGACUACAGCGAAGACGGCCAGCUGAUGCAGACCACCUACCUGGGCACGGGGCGCAGGGUGAUCUAUAAGUACGACAAGCUGGCCAAGCUACUUGAGAUCCUGUACGACACGACGCGCGUCGCGUUCAGCUACGACGAGGCAGCGGGGAUGCUGAAGGUGGUGAACCUGCAGACUGAAGGGACCACCUGUACCAUAAGGUACCGUCAGAUCGGCCCACUCAUCGACAGGCAGAUCUUUAGGUUCAGCGAGGAGGGGAUGGUCAACGCUCGCUUCGACUACGUCUACGACAACAGCUUCCGGGUCACCAGCAUGCAAGCGGUGAUCAAUGAGACGCCUCUCCCCAUCGACCUGUACCGCUAUGAUGACGUGUCGGGGAAGACGGAGCAGUUUGGGAAGUUCGGGGUCAUCUACUACGACAUCAACCAGAUAAUCACCACGGCUGUGAUGACGCACACCAAACACUUUGACGCCUACGGCCGCGUGAAGGAGGUCCAGUACGAGAUCUUCAGGUCACUCAUGUACUGGAUGAUGGUGCAGUACGAUAACAUGGGACGCGUGGUCGCCAAGGAACUCAAGGUGGGCCCGUACGCCAACACCACUCGGUAUACCUAUGAGUACGAUGCUGACAGUCAGCUCCAGGUCGUGUCCAUCAACGACAAGCCUCUGUGGCACUACAGCUACGACCUGAACGGUAACCUUCACCUGCUGAGCCCCGGGAACAGCGCCCGCCUCACGCCGCUACGCUACGACCUCCGAGACCGCAUCACCAGGCUGGGAGACGUCCAGUACCGCAUGGACGAGGACGGCUUUCUGAAGCAGAGAGGGAGUGAAUUCUUUGAGUACAGCUCGGCUGGACUCCUGGUUAAGGUCUACAACCGCGUGAGCGGCUGGAGUAUCCGCUACAGUUACGACGGUCUGGGCCGGAGGGUCUCAUCCAGGUGCAGUCCGGGUCACCACCUCCAGUUCUUCUAUGCUGACCUGUCCAGUCCCACCCGGGUCACUCACAUGUACAACCACACCAGCUCCGAGAUCUCUUCCCUCUACUACGACCUUCAGGGACACCUGUUCUCCAUGGAGCUGAGUAGCGGGGAUGAGUUCUAUGUAGCGUGUGAUACCAUCGGCACGCCACAGGCCGUCUUCAGCGGCUCUGGCCUGAUGAUCAAGCAGAUCCUCCACACCGCAUUCGGGGAGGUGUACCUGGACUCCAACCCAAGCUUCCAGCUCAUCCUGGGGUACCAGGGGGGUCUGUACGAGCCGCUGAGUCGCCUGGUGCACAUGGGCCGGCGGGACUACGAUACCAUGGCCGGACGAUGGACCACACCGGACCACGAGGUGUGGAGCAGGCUGAACGCCAACAACAUAGUCCCCUUCAACCUGUACAUGUUCAAGAACAAUAACCCUCUCAGCAACAGCCUGGAGACCAAGUGCUACAUGACAGAUGUCAACAGUUGGCUGGUGACGUUUGGCUUCCAGCUGUACAACGUUAUACCGGGCUACCGUAAGCCCUCUACUGAUACCAUGGAGCCCUCCUAUGAGCUAGUCACAACACAGAUCAACAACCAGGAGUGGGACAGCACCAAGUCCAUCCUUGGUGUGCAGUGUGAGGUCCAGAGACAGCUGAAGGGCUUCGUGAAGCUGGAGCGCUUCGGACAGAUCUAUGGUGCCAGCGCUGCAGGCUGCCCACAGACCGCCCGAAAGACCCUCUUCGCAUCUGGAGGAUCCAUCUUCGGCAAGGGCGUGAAGUUCGCCAUCCGCGACGGCCGUAUCAGCACUGACAUCAUCAGCCUGGCCAAUGAGGACGGUCGACGCAUGGCGGCGGUCCUCAACGACGCGUUCUACCUCCGGGACCUCCACUUCACCAUCGACGGCGUGGACACGCACUACUUCCUCAAGCUGGGGUCCGUAGAGGGCGACCUGUCACUCAUCGGGAUGACUGUUGGGCGCCGUACCCUAGAGACGGGCGUCAACGUGACGGUGUCUCAGGUCAACGCGGUACUGAACGGCAGGACCAGGCGCAUCACCGACAUUCAGCUCCAAUACGGAGCCCUGAGCCUCAACACGCGGUACGGUAGUUCCCUGGAUGAGGAGAAGGCCAGGGUGCUGGAGUUAGCCAGGCAGAGGGCUGUGGCCCAGGCCUGGACCAGGGAGCGCCAGAGACUGAGGGAGGGAGAGGAGGGCUCGCGCGCCUGGACCGAGGGGGAGAAGCAGCAGCUGCUGGCGUCAGGGAAGGUGGCAGGAUACGACGGGUACUAUGUGGUGUCUGUGGACCAGUUCCCGGAGCUGUCAGACAGCGUCAACAACAUUCACUUCAUGAGGCAGAGCGAGAUGGGCCGAAGGUGACAUGAUGAACAACAGCCACUGGAGUGAGAGAGUGACAGAAUUGGACUUGCGUCCGAAAUGGUACCUUAUUCCCUAUAUAGGGCACUACUUUUGACCAGGCCCCAUCAGGCUCUCGGGGUCUACAGGGCUCUGGCAAAAGUAGUGCCCUGUAUGUUCAGACGCAGCGUUGUUGACCUAAGGACUUCUUGCCAAAGACAGUUGCAUACAUGACCACCUUUUAGUUUUCUGCUCCUAUUGACGUGUGCUUAACAUUUUUUUUUGAUACACUGUAUGAACUAAAAUACAUGGUGUGGCAGCCACCUGGAAAUCAGUUGCUGAACACUGUAUUCUACUGUAGAGUGGUACAUCUCCUUCAGAAAAAGAUAUUUAACAGUCUUUUCUGUUCAAGUGUGGCUGCUAGAGAAAGAACAUUUGCGAUAUCUACUCUGUCUGUGACUUAUUUUGGUAACUCUGUUUCCCCCCGUCCCUGUUGGUGACUGUGUUUUUCCCCCGUCCCUGUUGGUGACUGUGUUUAUCCCCGGCCCUGUUGGUGACUGUGUUCAAAGGGACCGGAGAGGAGAGGAGAGAGUGGUGGUAAUGCAUUAUAUCCACUGGCUCCUCCGCUCACUCCGUCCACCCUGCUGCCAGACCAGACUAGAACAGGUUGACUAGAAAAGAUUGUCCAGCUUUGCUCCGAUCUGUUCUGCCUUUUUCUGCGCCUCAGCCAAGGAAAGACCUUCUCUUUUAAAUCGCUUCGUUUUUAUACUUGAACCCCCUGGGUGUCAGCCCUGUCGUCGGCUCUGUCGCAACACAAACAAGGACGUCUGCUGUCUCCUGUCUCCUGUCCAUACCCCCUCCCAAUUCCCCUCAACCCCUUCCCCUCAUCAAGACUAGCCACUGGACUUGUCCAAGCACCUUGUUUGUGAUGUCUAGUUGUAAUAUUUUAUUUCCAAAUAAGCUAGGUAUUCAUCUGUGGUCUCAUCAACAACCCUUAAAGGAAGCUACCCACUGGGUGCAGACGUCAAUUCAACGUCUAUUCCACGUUGGUUCAAUGUAAUUUCAUUGAAAUGACAUGGAAACAAAUUUGAUUCAACCAGUGUGUUCCCAGUGGGGAGGUAGUACUCUGUUCUCAUCAACAACCCCUGAAGCAUUGAAGGAAGGUUGAGAAUCUGAUGCAGUACUUUCACCGUGCUGACUAAAUGAAGGAAGGUUGAGAAUCUGAUGCAGUACUUUCACCGUGCUGACUAAAUGAAGGAAGGUUGAGAAUCUGAUGCAGUACUCCCACCAUGCAUGCUGACUAAAUGCCUUUCUGUGGACUAGCCUUCUACAGUAAUUGACUCAAACGGUUCAAUUACUUACAGCUCAAUUACUGUUCUGACUCGCAUCAGAACAACUGAAAUUCUACUUAAUAUGCAGACAAGAAGGAUAACAUAUGAGGUCACUGUUGAUGAUUGAUUUUGCUUUGAUUUAUAACUUUUUUGUCUGUCUGGGAUCAAUUACAUGUUCCUAAAACUGAAAAGAGAACAGAACAGGUCUUUCUCGUUCUGUUCUGGUGUCCUAUCAGAACAGGUCUAACAUACCAUCUCUCCUCUUCCUGUUCUGGUGUCCUAUCAGAACAGGUCUAACAUACCAUCUCUCCUCUUCCUGUUCUGGUGUCCUAUCAGAACAGGUCUAACAUACCAUCUCUCCUCUUCCUGUUCUGGUGUCCUAUCAGAACAGGUCUAACAUACCAUCUCUCCUCUUCCUGUUCUGGUGUCCUAUCAGAACAGGUCUAACAUACCAUCUCUCCUCUUCCUGUUCUGGUCUCCUAUCAGAACAGGUCUAACAUACCAUCUCUCCUCUUCCUGUUCUGGUGUCCUAUCAGAACAGGUCUAACAUACCAUCUCUCCUCUUCCUGUUCUGGUGUCCUAUCAGAACAGGUCUAACAUACCAUCUCUCCUCUUCCUGUUCUGGUGUCCUAUCAGAACAGGUCUAACAUACCGUCUCUCCUCUUCCUGUUCUGGUCUCCUAUCAGAACACGUCUAUUCUGAACAUACUGACAAGACAAACCCUGGAUGAUGAACACACUGUGGAAGAAUCAUUCAAACGUCUGUAUUAAUAAACAACAGAACGGUAUUUUAUAUUACCUUUUGGUUUUAUAAAUAGCUAUAUAAAAUAACAGUAUAACAAAAUCAUUUGAAUUCAGCAAUGUGAAAUAUCGUCCCUUUUAUCGCUACUCGUUGUACUUGAACAAGACUUAAAGGUGUUUCUUUCAACACACAGAAUAAAGUAUGACUAUGUUUGGAAAAGUGAUUUUUAUUUUAGUUACAUUAUUUACUUGUAUUUGUUCAUUUAAUGUAGAGGAAUACAUUUUACGGCCUUCCAGCAGUCGACCAUACAUAAUACUAUUGUUUUCGUAAUGCGUUUUUCUCAGCAGUAUUUCUCAAUGUAUUUCUACCUUCAAAUAAUGUUCUGAGGAGAAAGGUGUUCCAGGUGAGAAGAGAUGCUUAAAAAACAGCACAUUACUAAAACAUACAGUGCCUUGCAAAAGUAUUCAUCCCCCUUGGCGUUUUUCCUAUUUUGUUGCAUUACAAUCUGUA